AUGCAGGUAUGCACUAUGCAUAUAGUGAUAUAAACAAUAAUUGUUUAUGGUCGUACUCCGUUGUCGGCGUCUUUAUGGUGUAUUAUCAAAAUGUAGAAUGUUUCGUUGGAAUAUCAAGUAGACUUUUUAUACUUAGAUUAAAUACUUUAAAUCAAAAAAUUAUUCAAUUGAAUUAACUGCGUGCUACGACUAGUAUUUUCAUUUUCCUGUGAUUUUCCUAUUAGGUAUAUAACAAUAGGUACAGAUACAAAUGAAAUUCCAUGACUAGAUGUAGUUUAAAAAUAUAUCAUGUCUAAUAAAAAGUACUCUAACCAAAGAUCCAGAACAAAUUCAUCAGUAAAUGUAGAAAACUUCCAUAUUGAUUUUAAGUCGCUCCAACAUCAAAAUGGGCAGUCAUGUUCAAGUGGUUCUAAUACAGAGGAAGAACAAAAAAAAAAAAAAAAUUCAGAUAGCAAAGUUAAAAGUGCAUCAAAAUUUAAUUCAGAAAAUCAACAAAAACAAUAUAAACAUAAACAGACCUCAGGAAAUAGGCAUGAAAGAUGGGGCCGAAAUAAAUUUGAGCAAAAACAAGACUUGGACAGUGACACUAAUGAAAAAAAAACCAAAAAAUAUUUUUUUGGAUUCAAGCUCCUUGAAGAAUUAUGUGAUAAGGAACCUUCUGAAAUUGUAUUUGUGAUAUCUAAUAAAACUAAUGGAUUCUUAGAUCUGUUUAAACAGAAUAAAGAACCAGAUUGGAUUUACUUGCUUAUGAAAGUUUCAGCUAAAGUCUGUUCUUCAGAAUUAAUACAAAAUAAAAUUGUUUUACUUACAGAAUUAACAUGUAAUCAAUUUUUUAAUCAUAUAAAAACCUAUAUACUGAGUACACCUACUGAAAAAAACCGAAAUCGAUGCAACAAUAUGAAUACAUUUUAUGAAGAUUGUUUAGUAGUUUUUCAAAAUAUAACUACCUUAUUUCCGAAAACGGCUGCUGAAAAAUUGAAGGAGAUAGUAGUAAGUUGUAAUAUCGCUUUAUCUGGUAUUAAAAAUUAUUGUAAUCAUAUUAAAAUAAAUGAAACUACUAUUUUUGAAAUGGAUGAACUCCUACAAAAAUUGAAUGAAACCAAAGUAACAGAAGAAUUAAAAUUAAAAGAAAAAUGUAUGAUUCAAAACAUUGCUCAAAUUAUGCCUCCUCCUGAAAAUUUUAGGGAACUUACAGUAUAUCCAACCUCAAUUGAUCUCGAAUAUGGAGAACGAUUUUUACGACCUAAUAUCACAAAAGGAGCUUAUCAGAAUGUAGAACACUAUUUGGACGUUCAAUUUCGUCUUCUACGUGAAGACUUUAUUGCUCCACUACGAGAAGGAAUACAAUUUUAUAAAGAAUCAAUAAAUUAUCAACAUCAACGUCGAAAAAAAAUUAAUAAUAUUCGUAUUUAUCGUGAUGUUGAAUUUCAAAAAAAAGGUGAAUUUGUUCGCGAUAAAUAUGGUUAUCUGAUAAACUUUGACAGGACAAACAAAUUAAAAAUCAACUGGGACAUGGCUAAACGAUUUAUGUAUGGUUCUUUAUUGCUAUUUUCUGCUAAUAAAUUUGAGACUUUUUUUUUGGGUAUUGUUUUGGAGCGAAAAGUUGAACUUUUAAAAAAAGGUAUCUUGAUUGUGGAAUUAUUAGAAGAUGCAAAACCUUUAUUUGGUACUUCACUUACAAUGGUUGAGAGUGAAGUAUUUUUUGAGCCCUACAAAUGCUCAAUGGAAGUCCUUAAAAAUAUAUAUAGUCAUAAUUUCCCGAUGGAAAAAUAUAUAAUAUCGGCUUGUAAUGUAAUAGAUUAUCCAUUUUACAUUGAUACAUUACCUGAACCACAAUAUUUCAUUGACAAUUUACAAAAAUUUAAUAUACUAAAUGAAUGUGAAUGGCCUACCGAAGAACAGUUAAAACUUGAUGUAAUGCAAUAUAGAGCAUUUAGAGCAGCACUAACUCAAGAAUUUACGGUUAUUCAAGGCCCGCCUGGUACUGGUAAAACUUUCAUAGGGUUAAAAAUUAUGGAAACCAUUAUAAGAAAUUUAUAUAACAAUCCUUGUCUCUCUAAACCAAUUUUAGUAGUAUGUUAUACUAAUCAUGCUUUGGACCAGUUCAUGGAAGGUAUAUUAGGUUUCACAAGCAAAGUUAUUAGAAUCGGUGGACAGUCGAAGUCCAAAAUAUUAGAGGAAUACAGUCUUCGGAAUGUAACUCAUAUGUACAAUAGGUCUACUACUACUAAUAGAGGUCUAAGAAAUGUUCAAGAACAAGUCAAAACAACUAUGAAUAGUAUAAAAUAUUUGAAACGAUGUAGUGAAGUUGUGUCAUAUAAUGCUGGCAUAUUAGAGUUAUCAUUACUGAAAAAUGGUAUGCCUAUUAAGUAUCAUGAUUUUUUUAAAACUUCUUUAGAUCUUCUCACUUGGUUAUUUCAAGAUCCUGAAUAUUUUAGUGUAGACCCAAUUGGGUUUAUAUCUGAAAUUAGCCAUGGUUUGAUUAAUAAAGUUUUUCAUUCCGAAAAAUUAUUGGAAAUUAAAAAAGAAGUAAACGAGGAUCAAGAUCAAGAUGAUGAUGAUGAUGAUGAUGAUGAUAGGCAAUAUAAACCAGAUUUUCAAGAUAUAGAUUAUAUUGAUGAAGAUGUUGUUAUUUAUAGUUUAGUUUUAGAUAAUGUAAAACAUGCUUGUCAGGAACUACUUCACGAGGCUCUACGAUUAAAUAAUCUAUCAACCUCGGAUAUAAAUUUCUACAAUGCAUAUGAAGAAGCUAAAUUCAACUUCGGUAUAAUGGAAAAGAUACACGACUAUUUUGAAAAUAUGCUGGGUUUGAUUGAUAUGGAUAUUGAACUACCAAAAUCAACUCAAGAUUUAUAUGGAUUAAAUAUGGGUCAAAGAUGGUCUUUAUAUUUUCAUUGGGUAAGAGAAACAAAAGAGAUGUUUGAUCCAAAAAUAAUUAAAUAUGAAGAAAAGUACACUCAAGUUUUUAAGCAAUAUUGUGAAUUAAGAGAGUUGGAAAAUAUAGAGCUUUUAAAUAAGAUGCAUGUAAUAGCAUUAACUACUACUGGUGCUGCUAAGCAUAGAAUAAUGUUGGAAGGCCUAGAGUCGCCAAUUGUUGUUGUUGAAGAAGCUGCUGAAGUUUUGGAGGCUCACAUUGUUUCAUCACUAACAAGACAUUGUCAACAACUAAUAUUGAUAGGUGACCAUAAACAACUUCGUCCUAGUAAUGCUGUUUACAAAUUGGCCAAAGAUUUUAAUUUCGAUAUUUCAUUGUUUGAACGUAUGGUCAACAAUGAAGUACCUUGUUACACAUUGGGCGAACAGCAUAGAAUGCGCCCCGAAAUAGCAUCCAUUAUAACUCCAUCAAUCUACAAUGAAUUGAAAAAUCAUACUUCUGUUUACAAUAGAGAACAUAUUCGUGGUGUUAACAAAGAUAUGUUUUUCCUAAACCAUAAUGUGUAUGAAAAUGAAGUUGAGGAAAUUUCAAGCAAAAGUAAUGAUCAUGAAGCUAGAUUUUUAAUUAUGUUUGCUCGGCAUUUAAUUUUACAAGGAUAUACAACUAAUCAAGUGACAAUAUUAACAACUUACAGUGGUCAAUUGUUUCUAUUUCGUUCAUUACGGAAAAAACACUCCAUAUUGGAUGGCUUAAAAAUAAAGGUUGUCGAUAACUAUCAGGGCGAAGAAAGUGAUAUUAUACUACUAUCGCUAGUUAGAAGCAAUGAAAAGGGAAAUGUAGGAUUUUUGAAAACUGAAAACAGAAUAUGUGUUGCAUUGUCAAGAGCUAAAUAUGGACUUUACAUAAUGGGUAAUAUGGACAAUUUGUACAAUUCUGGUAAUUUGUGGAAACAAAUAAAAGAAACAUUAGUAAAUCAGUGUUCGUAUGGUGAUGAAUUGACUUUAGAAUGUGCCAUACAUUCUGGUAUUACGACAAAGGUUUCAAAGAGUGAAGAUUUCAAUAUAAUUAUGGAAGGUGGUUGUACUAUGUUAUGUAAAUCAUUGUUGUCAUGCGGUCAUUAUUGUUCAAGUGUAUGUCAUUCCUAUGACCUCGAACAUUUGGAAUUUAAAUGCAGAAAUCCUUGUAACAAAUUCUGUGAUUAUAAUCACCCAUGUAUGAAACAAUGUUAUAUGGAUUGUGGAAAGUGCACCGUAAUUACGACGAAAGAAUUACCAUGUGGUCACCAAUCAUCAUUACCAUGCUAUGUUGAUAUUCAUAUUUUUCAGUGUGAAGAAAUGGUGGAAUCAAUCCUAGAAGAAUGUGGUCAUAAAGUUAUGAGAAAAUGUUAUGACAAAAAUCCAAAAUGUUCAAUUAAAUGUUACACUCGGUUAGAUUGUGGUCAUGCUUGUGAGCGCAAUUGUCACAAAAAUGAUGAUCCAGAUCAUGAGAAGUAUAAAUGUUUAAAACCUUGUGAAAAUAUUAAUAAAAAAUGCACUUUGAAUCACAAAUGUCAAAAGAUCUGUUAUGAAGAUUGUUCAUCAUGUACUGUGAAAAUUAAAAGAACUCUGCCUUGUGGACAUAUAAAAAAUGAUGUUCCUUGCGGAUUAAAUUCUAAUGAAAUUAGAUGUAAUCUUCCUUGUAUUCGUCCUUCAAUAUGUGGUCACAAGUGUCUAGCUAAAUGUUAUGAACCAUGUAAACCUUGUGAAAGUCUAGUAAAAAAAGUGAUACCAGACUGUGGACACUCAAUUACAAUUAAAUGUAAAACAAUACCACAACGUAAACAUUGCACUAAUAAAUGUAAUCGAAUUUUAAUUUGUGGACAUUUAUGUAAGAAUGAAUGUGCAAAAGAAUGUAUCCCUGAAGAAUGUGAGGAAAUAGUGAUGCAAAAAUCUAGUAAACUUGCUUGUGGUCAUAAUAAAGUUUUUGUCUUCUGUUGUGACAAAGAUAAAGAGUUUAGAAUGGACAGCCAAUAUCUCCUUGAUAAAUGCCGUGAACCGUGUCUACAAAAACUAAAUUGCGACGAUAUUUGUUCAGGCACAUGUGGAGAAUGUAAACAAGGUCGCUUACACGUACCUUGUAGUGAGGUUUGCAAUAAAAUAAACCCGUGUAAUCAUACAUGUAAAUUCCCCUGUAAGGAACGGUGUCCACCUUGCAAUAAGAAAUGCAUUUAUUCUUGUAUUCAUUCUAAAUGUCCUCGUAAAUGUGGUGAUGAAUGUGCACCGUGCAUGGAAAAAUGUGAGUGGGAGUGUCCUCAUUUGAAAUGCACUAAAAAAUGUAAUGAAAUAUGUGAUCGAAAACCUUGUUAUGAGCCUUGUACAUUAAAGUUGAAAUGUGGGCAUGAAUGUAUAGGUUUUUGUGGUGAACCAUGUCCUCCUUUAUGUCGCAUUUGUCAAGAAGAUGAAGUUACUACAAUAGUGUUUGGUGAUGAAGAUGAACCAAAUGCAAGGUUUGUUUACUUAGAAGAUUGUAAGCACACCAUUGAAUCAAAUGCUUUAUCUAAUUGGAUGAACGUAAAUAAUGAAGAAAUAUGUUUGAAAGAGUGUCCAUUAUGUAAGACACCAAUUUUAAGAACCCAACGUUUUAUGAACCAAGUAAAAGUUAUAAUAGAGGAUAUUUCAAUAAUAAAAUCUAAAAAGUAUGGAGAACUUAAUGCUAUUAAAAGUGGCAAGAAAAAAAUAAUUCAGUCAUUGAACAACUUGAAUACUAAUUUUGUUUCAAAUUAUAUUGGCAAUCAAAAUUGUGAAUAUGAUAGUAACAAACAUCUAUGGGAUACAUUUUGCAAGCCUAUAAUAGCUUCAUUGAAGUAUGUUGGAAAGAAACGAUCAAAUUUCUAUUUACCUUCAAACGAUAUAGAAUCUUUAAAUUUUGUCGUUGAGUUGUUUAAAACUACUUCAAAGCUUAAAAAAAGAAUUGAAAGCAUCAAUGAUGUUGAAAAGAAACAAACUAUCACUGACCACUUCAAUUAUUUACUUAAAGUUGCUUUUACCUAUCCUAGACACUUAUCUAACCAGCAAAAAUAUGAUAUAAAUAUGGAGGUUGCAAGAGGUGUUAGGAUAAUAAGAUUAUUUGAGAUUAUGUGCUCUGCAAAGUUUAAGAUGUCAUACGGUGGUGAAAUUAAAAAUUCUUAUGCGACUGAUUUAAAUGAUUUUGUAAAACAUAUGGAAGGUCUGUUGAUGUCUUGUAAAAUAUAUACUGUUGAUAGAGACAAAGAUGUAGAAAUUAUAUUACAGUUAAUCGAAGAAAAAUUUGAUGGUCUGGCAAUCAUCACCGACGAAGAAAGAAAGAUGUUACACAAUGCUAUGUCCACCAGUUUCAGAGAUGGUUAUAGAGGUCAGGGUCAUUGGUGUAAAUGUCCAAAUGGUCAUAUUUAUAUUGUUACGGAAUGUGGAGGACCAACGGAGCAAGCUACUUGUCCUGAAUGUAAAGUACCGAUAGGCGGAUUUAACCACCGACAUGCUGCGGGCGUAACAGUAGCUUCAGAAAUGGAUGGUGCUAGUCAACUCUUGUGGAGUUAAUACUCCCGAUCUAUAUGCUCGCCCAACUCAUGUUUCAAAGUAGAUAAUUAUUUUAUUCAAAAACAUGAUUUUAACAGUUCAUAUUUUGCAAACUUAAAAAUAUUGUAUAAUUACAUUUUGUGUACUAUGUUAUUUCGUUCUUAUGCAAAUUUAAUUUCGGCAUUAGAAAUCUAAUAAUGUAAUGCAUAUUACUGACUGCUUCACUUUUAAUAUAAUUUAUUUAGAUAUCUAA